GUGCGCGUUGCUCUUUCCCUCACCCUUCCCAUCCCCCUUCCAUUUGCUCACUUCGUUACAUGUAUACCAACGAAUUGACCGGCUGUGAGCGAUCGCGCGACACUCGCGCAGGCAUUCCGAUGUGUAUCGGCUCUCUAGUUCGAUGUAAACAUCGGUAAACACUCGACGUGAAAACCGAAACGUAAACAUCGUAAACAACGGUGACACGCUUAUUCUCGCAAUCCGCAUGUUCUAGUGUAUUUCUACGAGAUUCUUCUGUCUCUUCGCGCAAUAACAGAUCGCAAACUCAAUGUUCGAGCUGAAUAAUACGGCUUAUCCAUAUCAUUUCAACACGUACGAUCGCUAGACUCAACCUCACAUCGGCCUUUCUAUAUUGAUCGUCCGCGAAACGGCAGCUUUCCCAAACGAUUGUACAACGACAGCAAUAGUUCAUAUUCAUUUUUCACCGCUUUUUGUCGCGUGUCUCUACGAAAAACCGUGCCGAGUGGUAAUCGAGCGACGUGCGCGACAAUCGAAACAAAUAGUCUUCGUUUUAUCUGAUUGCGAGUAAGAAUACUUACCGGUGCAUCGGUGUUUCCCGCAUUAAUAGGCAACAAUCGGUUCGAUCGAAGGUUCAAGGUGAAUUCGAAAGGAAAAGAACGACCGAGUCAAGAUUCAAUUGCAUGCUCACGGCGCCGGACAGCCCAUCCUUCAUUUCUGAAACAAAAAGAAAGGAAACGCUUCUCGUCUCGCUCGAGAAAGAGAAAGAAAAAAAGAGUACACAUCGUUUGCCGAUCGGUGAAAGAUGCAUGUCACCUGCAAGUGCCUGAACGUGUCCAUCAGAUCCAGGAACGCCGAACUGCAGCGGGUCAACAUCGACAGCAUUGAAUUGACCGAUCUGGAGCGCACCGAUGCCUUCUUCCGCGAGGACCUGGCAAGUAUACCGGAAUUGGAGACUAUUACUAAAGAGCAGCCUGGCUUAGUGGAAAUAAGAAAUGUCGGAUCAUGGAUUAUACAUCGUUGUUACAAUUGCUCAAUAUACACUCAUGCUGUCCACAGAGAGUUUGGUGCUGCUUUAGUCCUUAUUAAUAGCAAUAUUGUUUUAUCUCCCGAAGAAAUAAAUAAAUUAAAAUCUAACCCAGAUUACAGCCAGGUAUUUAGGAUAGUAAUUAAUCACAGUUUGGAAGAUCUCGAUGAUUAUCUACAACAGCCUAAUAAAUUCUCUGUUUCACAAUUGCCUAAUACGGUUCAAGUGGCUCUAGGCGGAUUACAACGCCAGCUAGAAGAAGCUGUACAACGUCAAACAGCAACGAUAGAAGAUAAAAUACGUGCGUUUACAGCAGAACAAUAUCAACUGUUGGAACAAUUUCGUGAAAGAGCACAUAACGAACAUAGGCUGUUAUCAAAGUUAGUGUGUAGAGGAGAGGAGACGAAUAGAGUAACCAGUAAUAUAGAAACUCCGCCAACAACUCCUGACAGCUUUAAGAAUACUUUGACUACCUCUGCAGCUAAUCCAGUUAAUCCAAAGUCCAAUGUAGUAUCCGAUGAUACGAAAGUUUCGACUGGCUCAAAUAUUAAGCACGAAACAACCGCUAAACAUUCUUCUAAAGAUUCUACUAAUAAUAAAAAUAUGAAGAAGAAAAAUUCACAGUACAUUUGCACCAAGGAAUCGGCUAGCUUUGAUGCAGAAGCAAUGUUUCCUUUUGAGGGCAUAGAGGAACCAGAUACAGCCAACCCACAGAUUCUAUGGUCCUCUGAAGAAGGAUCUGAUACUGAUGAUUCAGGCCAGAACGAAGGGAUUCAAAUGCCAAGAAGUCAACGGGAUGGUCAUGCCACCUUGGCUAAAUCGCUUCCUGUCACUGUACCUGCUUUCCCUUCUAUUGUUCGUCGUGCAGUACAGGACCAAGAUGAUGAUCAGCUGCCAAGCAACCCGCUAGAUCCGCACAACAUUCGAGCUUCAAUUAAAGCCUUAGCUAAAAGUGUACAUGGUGAUACGGUAUUCGGAGACUUACCACGUCCCAGAUUUUCUACUCAGAUCUGACUUGUCAAGUAUGACCAGAAAAAUUCACUCAGCACUUCGUGCUUUUGAUACAAUAUAUCAUAGUCCCUAUCAUCCGUCAUUUUUGUCUUUCAUACAGAAGUUACUAAAGAAUUAUGUAUACAGACCUAGAAUAGAUAUGGUCAGUUUUGCAGAAAUACAGGACAUCUGCAUAUUUUAUAGAAACUCGAGAUUAUGCUGUAAUUCAAAUUCUUACUAUCUAAUUUACUAAAUAACACAAAUACGGAAAGACUAUACAUGCUGUAUAAACUGAAGGCUAUACUUGCAAAUAUUGUAAAAAAAAUAGAUCGUCCUGACAGACAUAAACACGUGCAUUAAAUGUUUAUAAACGCCUAAACACAUUUGUAAAAACUAAAGAUAUCUAGUGCAACCUGGAAUUUUAUCAUUUAUUCCAAUAUAAAUUCACUCGCGUAAAUGUUUAUUAUGUACUAUACAGCAGACUGAAUUUUUUGUCAUUACCUCAAGCAACAAUAUUAGCAAUUUAAAGACUACUUGACACAUAGAAUGCAAAGAAUAACAACAAAGAAUUAUGUCACGCUAUUGCAUUAUUGAUAUUUAUAAAGCUGUUACAAACAUUUUACAACAUAUAAUUAUAUUUUUUUCCUGUUAUGUUGAAAAUUAAAACGUCAUUGAUAAAUGCAGAGAAUGUCAAUUAUGCAUAAAUAUGGACACUUUAUAAAGAAAUAUAUAGAUAAUGUAAUGGAAAAACUCAGCGCAAAUGUGAUUAUAAUUAUAAUAAGAGAAAAGAUUUAUAAAUCAUAAUUUCUUACAUAGAAAUUAAGGUCUAAAACAGAUUACCAUCAAAUGCGCGCGCGUGCGCGCGCGCUUCUUAUGCAUUACAUACUUUAUUAUUAAGUAAUUUUAAUAAUACUUUUUUUUGCAAUCAAUUUAACAUAUUGACUGAAUAAUGAAAAAUAAUCAUAACUAAUACUGUAUGAGAAAAAAUCUUUUUUGUAUUAGAUGUGAUAUAAACGAUAUAUCCUAUUUUUAGCAAAAGUGAGACACCUGAUGUUAUCUGACCUAUAUUCACAAAUUUGGAAAUAUAUUACCGAUUUAUAAUUUCUUUUUUCAUGAAACACCUGCAAAAAAAAUGUUACGGUUACGUAGAAUUAAAAAAUAUUCUAAUAAUUUUUUCUGCAGCAAUUUGCUGUAUAAUGUAGCAUUAAUUUUUUGUAUCUUUGUAAAACAUCCUAAUCAUGUCCUUCUAUUACGUAUGUAUGUACAUUCAUUAAAAUGGAUAUAUGUAUGCCUUUAA